AUGAAGCGGCGCAAUGCGGACUGCAGCAAACUCCGACGGCCGUUAAAACGGAACCGAAUCACCGAGGGUAUAUAUAGCAGUACAUUCCUGUAUCUGAAGUUCCUGGUCGUGUGGGUGUUAGUGUUGCUGGCUGACUUUGUACUGGAGUUCAGGUUUGAGUACCUGUGGCCCUUCUGGCUUUUCAUCCGAAGUGUCUACGACUCCUUUAGAUAUCAGGGGCUGGCGUUCUCUGUCUUCUUUGUGUGUGUGGCGUUUACAUCAGACAUCAUCUGCCUCCUCUUCAUCCCUGUCCAAUGGCUGUUUUUUGCUGCCAGCACCUACGUAUGGGUUCAGUAUGUCUGGCACACAGAGAGAGGAGUGUGUCUACCCACUGUAUCGCUGUGGAUCCUGUUUGUGUACAUCGAAGCUGCCAUCCGCUUCAAAGACCUGAAGAACUUUCAUGUGGACCUGUGUCGACCCUUUGCUGCUCAUUGUAUUGGCUACCCAGUGGUUACUCUGGGCUUCGGUUUCAAGAGCUACGUCAGCUACAAAAUGCGACUGAGGAAACAGAAGGAAGUGCAGAAGGAGAAUGAAUUCUACAUGCAGCUCCUCCAGCAGGCGCUGCCGCCAGAGCAACAGAUGCUGCAGAGACAGGAGAGGGAGGCCGAGGAGGCCGCAUUAGCUAAAGGGAUCUCAGAGGUAGAUCCCACACCAGUAGCUCAAAAUGGAGCACCUCCCGGAAAGAAAAACUCUCCUGUCCCAUUACCAGAACUGGAGUACCGGGAAAAGGGGAAGGACAGUAAUGCAAAAGAGCGUGAAGGCAAGAAACAACAUACAGUUGGAAUCAAUAACAACAGUAUUAUACAUACACUGGACUCCAGACUACAGGAGACGGAGUAUAUUGAGAACCACGUUGGGGGGAAGAGACUGAAUAACGACCUAGCGGGAGAACACACACACACUGAUAACAACACACACUCUCCUAAAGAGGAGAUGGGGGGGACUGCGAAGAACUACAAAAACGCCAGUGGAGGAGGAGGAAAUGUUACCAACUCAUCACCUCGGAAUCACAGCUCCACCAAUGGGAGCGUGCCGCCGGGCGCAUCGUCCAAUAAGAACGAGAAAAAGCAGAAAGGGUCGGGGAAGGGUCCGAAGGAUCCGGUGGAGAACUGCAUCCCUAACAACCAGCUGGGCAAGCCGGAUGCACUAGUACGGCUGGAGCAGGAUGUGAAGCGUCUGAAAGCAGAUCUUCAGGCCAGCAGACAGCUGGAAUCAGAGCUGAGGAGUCACCUCUCCUCUCUGAGCAGCCAGGACCGUAGUCUUCGCUCUGAACUGGGCCAGCUGCGUCAGGACAACGAGCUGCUGCAGAACAAGCUCCACAGUGCCGUCCAGGCCAAGCAGAAGGAUAAGCAGACCAUCUCCCAGCUGGAGAAGAGGCUGAAGGCUGAGCAGGAGGCCCGGGCGCUGGCCGAGAAACAGCUGGCUGAAGAGAGGAAGAGGAAGAAGAUGGAAGAGGCCACUGCUGCCAGAGCUGUGGCCUUAGCCGCUGCCACCAGAGGGGAGUGUACUGAUUCUCUGCGUGGUCGUAUCAGAGAGCUGGAGACAGAGUGUAAGAAGCUCAGCAUGGACAUGAAGCUGAAGGAGGAGCAGAUUAGAGAUCUGGAGGGCAAAUGUCAGGAGCUACGGAAGUAUAAAGAGAAUGAGAAAGACACAGAGGUGUUGAUGUCAGCACUGUCAGCCAUGCAGGAGAAGACCCAGCACCUGGAGAACAGCCUGAGCGCUGAGACCAGGAUCAAACUGGACCUCUUCUCUGCCCUGGGUGACGCCAAAAGACAGCUGGAGAUCGCACAGGGCCAGAUCCACCAGAGGGAGCAGGAGAUUGCCGACCUGAAGCAGAAGAUAGCAGAGGUGAUGGCAGUGAUGCCCAGCUUGUCCUACUCGACAGACAGCAGCAACCUCAGCCCUGUCACUCCACACUACUCCUCCAAAUUCAUGGACAAUAGUCCCUCCUCCCUGGACCCCAAUGCCUCAGUCUACCAGCCCCUGAAAAAGUGACUCUGGCAUAAACACGUUCCUCAGAACUGUUGUCUUCUAUUAUUUUGGCCGAGAUUUCAGUUCCAGUUUGGGUUCAUUUGGGUUUACCAGCCCCUGACAGUUUUUUGCACUCUUAUGUACCAUAUACAGACACAAUGUCAGACAAACCACAGAUACAUACAGAACACACAACCACGCCUUAUAUGUAUUUGGGACCUUUUUGGCUUCUGUUUCAAGAUUUAUGUUGUUUUUAGGCGGUUGUGUACAAUAUCUUUUGUUGUGUUUUGGGAUGUAGCCAUUAGACAGUGUGAUCUGUUUGAAGAUAAAACAAUGGUUGGGGGGAAAGGAACAUUUUGUUGGCCAAAUUUGUACUGUAGAACCAUAAUGCAUUGCUUUGCGUCAGUCUUCUUUUGCCCUCUAUCAGUCCUGCCUCCCACAAUGUUGUUUCUAUAUUAAAAGGAUGCCCAGGCUUUUAAUUUCCAUAGCAAUUGGCUUUUUAUCUUCUCAUGGCAGAAGACAAAAUUCCCCUGUAAAGUAAAGCCCUCUGUGAGAUAGAUGAAUGUAAGUGCUUUUCAUGUUUUGCUAUCAUCAUAGCUUAAAUCAGUUUCUUGUUUUGCUAUGAACACUUUUGACAAUGUACAUAUUUUCUUUUCUAAAAUAGUGAUGCUGAACGGAUAGACAUUUGCUUUGUUCCUCAGAUUUUCCAUCACUUACACAAUUUAUUCUCUUAAUGCUGGAAUAAUGGAUUCUCCAGGAUUAUCAGGAAGCGUUUCAAAGCAGAUGCAGAUCAUAUAAUCAAAAUAAGCUCAUGAUAGAUUCGACCUGGCACUGCCAAAAAUGAUUUAGGAAUUUCACCCGUUUGCUGCAGACACACCCUUCCUCUCCCUGUGGACCAAAUUAGAACCUGUUAGGCCAUAUUAUUCACUGGAUUUAAUGAUGUCUAGGUAACUGAUUGUUACCCAUUUGCAAUUUUACAGUGCCUUGCAAUUUCUCUUUUAUAGGAUGAAGAAACCAUAUACUUUACAAUCCUGGGAUCUAAAAAGCAUCACACCUCAAGGUUGUGUCUCUUUAGCUCUGAUUUGCUUGGUUCUGUUUUGCACAAGCAUUUUCUCACACCCUGAUCACGUCAAAGUUGCAGUUCUGUAAGGCUAAAACAACAACAGGUCAUCUUGUGCAUCACAUUCAAACUGAUUGGUCGUUAUCUUACAGACUUAAGUUUGUAUCAAAGGGAAAACAUAACGCCGCACAUGGUACAUGUCAUUUUGUAGUGACAGUCUUGGUAUGCCAAACACCAACCAAACUGAUUGUCUAUUAUCAUGCCCUAGAGUUGGCAUUUAGUUGUUUACAACAAUGUACAUUUACUUACUGAGGAAUGUUUUGGUUGGUUGGUUUGUUUUUUCAUUUCAGUUCUUAAGUGCCAAGUGUUGAUGUUUGGUUUGGUCUCCAUCCAUACUUUGAUCGAUGUAGUUAGCAUAAUGUUUGCAGAAGAGUACUGUUAUUUUUGUCAGUAGAAACUAUUUGGAUGGUGUUGUUGUGUUUACAAGGUUCUGGGUUGAGCAUGGUAAAGCAGCAGACGGUCAGGUGGAUGUAUUGAUCCACCUGUUAUUCUCGCGUUUAUUUAUUUGUAACAGUUCUCUGCAGUGAUGUUACCCAUCAUGUUUGGUUGCUUUUCCUGAGUAUUUUUUUUCUUUUUUCUUUUCUUUUUUUUGACCAGGGAGGACUCUGUGAAUGUGUUGUGCUGGGAAAAGUUACCGCUGAACCAGUUUUGACCAUGUUGUGCUCUCAUGUUGCCUACCUGGAAAAGUAUUUAUGUGGAUCGCUCUGGCGUUGUGAAUUUAGUUCUUGAGUUGUUUUUACAAGUUUGUGUGAAAGGAGUGGGAGGUAAAAAGCGGUGCUUUUGUUUUCUCUUUUCAUUGUUCCACCGUGUUUAUUUUCUUUACUCAAAGUGACAGUGACUGUUUCCUCUCACUUUGAGCGUCACAAUUAAAGAAAGUCUCGCUGGUGGCAGUGCAAGCCGUUUAAA